AUGCCGGUACUCGCGCGCAUGCUAGUGGCCAGCCCCAGGCGUGCAGAGGCAGUACAUGUAAUUUUCUCAUUGGCAGGGCCGCAAAAACGGGGGCCGCUGACUGGAGGCGUCGAACGGGGCUGCAGACGCACGACUGUAUGGAAUCUGCAAGGCCCGGCCAAGCCUGUGGGCGAGUUCACGGUCGAGUUCGCAGCCAAGUGGGCCCGCUGGCAGCAGUGGCAGCACGAGGGCGAGGGCGAGGGCAGCGGCGUCGCCAGCGCGGCCUCGGGGAGGCUUUUGCGUUGCGGUGCUCCGAAGAGGACGAGUUGGGCAGACUUUUCUGUGUGGCCCGAGUCAGGCAAGGGAGGCUCUACGCCGGAACGGCGGACCCUUUUGUCUCGCCUUGGCAUGAGCUGGCCGGCCGGCCGACGAGCGAGCCAGCCAGCCCGCCAGUCAGCCCGCCCAUUCCAGCCAGUCGGCCAGUCGGCCAGUCAGCCAGUCAGUCGCCCACUCUCACUCACUCAGCCUGAGCCACAGGCGUUGGCCACCCCGUCCAGCAGCACGGCGUCGCCGUCCAUCGUGGGCUGUAGUCGUAGUGCUGCGCGGGCUGCGUGGCAGAGGGGCCGUGGCGCUGGCGGGGGCGAUGGCGAUGGCGAUGAUGGUGAUGAUGAUGAUGAUGGUGGUGAUGGCAAUGGCAAUGGCAACGGCAACGGCGACAAUGGUCGUGGUCGUGGUCGCGGUCGCGGUCGUGGUCGUGCACAGGCAUGCCUCGAUGCUCAGGUCUCAGGUGCUGCUGCGCUCGACGCUCGACGGGGAAGGCGUUGCUGGCCCUGGGCCGGGGAGGGGGGGAAGGAGCGGCAGGCGCUAGGCCGCGUUGGUCAUGGUUCUCGGGGAAGCUGGAACACCCUGUCACUGACGCCACUUAUGCAAGUGCGAACGCGACCAUCACGGGCCCCCCGCGCAGGGAUGCGACGAGCAAAGAAGCGUCGACUAGAGCAAACGCAAAAACCCUUUCUGUAUACCUAUCCGUUGGCUGCCCGCGCCUGCCCGCACCACUCUCUCCUCCUCCUACACAUACAUCUCCUUCUCUCCUCCGCCUCGACUCCACGCUUCCUCUGCCCUUGGUUUGCUCGCCGCGCCCUCGCCUGCUGUGCCCACCCCCCACCCUUGACCACGCCCACAUCUGGUGCCCGCCUCUCUCUAUUGUCCCCAUCCGCGCCUGCACUAGCAACCACAACGUAA